UAUUGUUGACCAGCCAGGAGCUACAAGUGAAUGGGUGGGGUGUGCGUGACACAUGAAGACCCAUCUAUGCACUCACUGUUGACAUGGAGGAGUUGCCUUGACGCACAGACCGUCCAUUCACUCGUGGCACUGAUCUACAUCUAUGGUAGGUAUCAAGAAGGCUGUGGAAUGUCCGUCACUCGUCAGUCAGCUGGGACACCCACGCCUCUGUGCAUAGGCAGGGAGGUGGCAUCUCCUCCGGAAUUCCACCACCCUGCAGCACAACCUGCACACAAGCGCAACACAACAAGCGCCAUUCAUCCGCCGCACAUGUCAGAUUGUGUGUGGUUAUGUGUGUCUCACUGCUCUCACGUACUGGGAAUGGUGUGCUGGCGGCGAUGUUGCGCUGGGCCUCUCCCCCUAUGCCAACCGGUGUCUCGCCGCCUGCGUGCAACAGGGCCGCGUAGUCAGGUUUCUUGGCCUGGGGUGUCUCCCCUGGCUGCGUCCCCGGCGGCGUCUGACGCCACACGGCCGUCAGUCCCUUGGCUAGAUUUCCCUUCCCCUUGGCGCUGAUGUUGCUACCCACAACCCGUCCCUCCUGCCCUUGCUCGAGUGUCUUCGCUCCGCCGUGUGGUGGGAAGAUCUGCCUUCGCCCCUGGCCCCCCCUGUGUGCCUUCCGUGGUUUGCCCUUCUUUCUGCCGAUGCUGCUGGUCGUUUUGUGGUGGUUGGCUGCGGGAAUGGGAGGGGCGGCUGCGUCGUUGAAUGGUGUGCUCGGGAGUGUGUCGGUCUGUGUCUGCUGUGUGCCGUUGGUCUUGGCGUCUCCCGGUGUGAUGUCGGUCUGGUUGGAUGCACACAGCACCGGACCCCCACUUACACUCGAGCCGGCGCCAGCGGAAUGAACAGACAGCUGACAUACAAAACAAUACAAGCCAAAAGAUGUGUGCACCCACCACCAACGGCCCCGUGUGUCGUCUGUGUGGCGUACCUGGUAGGUAGGCGACGGCAGGAGAGACGGGGCGUCCCCAACGACUCCGACACCAACCAUCCCCACUCCCAACCCCCUGCCCCUCCCGCCACUCGCACGAGCGGGCCCACGCCACCCACCACGCGGAGGGGGUGGAAUGGGAGGACGUUUCGUCUUGAAUGAGGGUAGGUUGGUGAUGGGACGCUUGGCGGUGGUGGUGGUGGAGGUUGAUAGCACCUUCCCCUGAGACACAACGCGACAGAACACACAUGUUGCCCAACCGACAACCAAAGCCCUCUCUUUGGUGGAUGCCGUGGAGUCGUUACAUGGGGGGGUGCCGCUGCAGCGAGCACGUCGGUAUAGGCCUUGGCCGUGGCUGCAGCGACGUCAAGGCCCACCUCGCCAACUCCUCCUUUCGCCUCUCCACCGCCCUCGGGAGGACUGACCGCAACGCUGCAGAUGGUGAUGGUGGUGCUGCUGCUGGUGGUGCGGCGCGUCAAUACGUGCGUCAAUGGCAGGUUGGGUGUGGUGAGACCCGAGGUGUCGGUGGGUGUGGGGGGCGUCUUCAAGUUGAGAUGCUUCAGAACCUGCCGAUGGAGCAGCCCCGCGGUCUGCAUCACCUUGACGGGUAUCAGAUCCGUCAGCUCAAUCGCGGCCUUGCAUAGCGAACAGGUGCGGGAAGGGGGUGGCACGCUUGUUCCCCCCCCCUUCCCGCACACCUUGCACUUUGAACAGGUGAUCUGCCCGCCGCUCUGUGGCUGCUUGAGCUUCUUGCCGAUGCACUCGACGUGAUAGGUCGCGUCGCAGCACUUGGGCCGGCAGAUCUCCUGAUCGGCCUUCUUGUCCUCAGCCAUCCCCACAACGUUGCUGGCCUUCGUGUCGGUGGAUUGGCACAAACGGCAAAGGGGCGGCGGCGGCAUGGUGAGGAAAGAAUCCUGAAGAAAGAGCGAGGUGAUCUCC